GGAGUGGCUGACGGCAGAGCCGCGCUGCUCUUGGAGAGGUCACUGCGGAGACACCGCCUAGGUUUUGGGGCGUGCAGGGGUGGGGGGCCCGUGGCACUAUGUGGCGCCUCUGUGCGCGACAGGCCCAGAGUGCAGCCCCGAAGAUAGGACUUGGGGCUCGCUGGACGGCCUUGAGAGAGGGACCCGGAGCCCCGAGCGCGAGCCGGCGGGCUGGUCCCACUUUGGUCCGUUGCCGCAGCGCGACCACCGGGCAUGGCGGGGUCCGGGCCCUGUGUCGCUGGGGCCCCAGCCCCGGGCCCGCUCCUCGGAAUCGCCUGCUGCUGCUGCAGCUUUUGGGGUCUCCAGGCCGUCGCUGGUAUAGUCUACCCCCGCAUCAGAAGGUUCCGUUGCCUUCUCUUUCCCCUACUAUGCAGGCAGGCACCAUAGCCCGUUGGGAGAAAAAAGAAGGGGAGAAAAUCAACGAGGGAGACCUAAUUGCAGAGGUUGAAACAGAUAAAGCCACUGUUGGUUUUGAGAGCCUGGAAGAGUGUUAUAUGGCAAAGAUACUUGUUGCUGAAGGCACGAGAGAUGUUCCUGUUGGAUCCAUCAUAUGUAUCACAGUUGGAAAGCCAGAGGAUAUUGAGGCCUUUAAAAAUUAUACAUUGGAUUCCUCAGCAGCACCGACCCCACAGGCAGCCCCAACUCCAUCGCCAGCCGCUGCCUCAGCCCCUGCAUCUUCUGCUCAGGCUCCCGGCAGCUCAUAUCCAACUCAUAUGCAGGUACUUCUUCCUGCCCUCUCUCCCACCAUGACCAUGGGCACAGUUCAGAGAUGGGAAAAAAAAGUGGGUGAGAAGCUAAGUGAAGGAGACUUACUGGCAGAGAUAGAGACGGACAAGGCCACUAUAGGUUUUGAAGUACAGGAAGAAGGUUAUCUGGCAAAAAUCUUGGUUCCUGAAGGCACAAGAGAUGUUCCUCUAGGAACCCCACUUUGUAUCAUCGUAGAAAAAGAGGCAGAUAUAGCAGCAUUUGCCGACUAUAGACCAACUGGAGUAACUGACUUAAAACCACAAGCACCACCACCUGUCUCUCCCCCGGUUGCCACUGUUCCUCCAACUCCUCAACCUUUAACCCCUACACCAUCCGCCACUCCUGCUGGGCUAGCUGCUCCUUCUGGACCAAAGGGAAGGAUAUUCGUUAGUCCUCUUGCGAAGAAGUUGGCAGCAGAGAAAGGGAUUGACCUUUCACAAGUAAAAGGGACGGGACCAGAGGGCAGAAUCAUCAAGAAGGACAUUGACUCUUUUGUGCCUUCUAAAGCUGUUCCUGCUGCAGCAGCUGCUAUGGCUCCCCCAAGUCCAGGUGUGGCACCAGUUCCUACAGGGGUCUACACAGAUAUCCCAAUCAGCAACAUUCGUCGAGUUAUUGCACAGAGAUUAAUGCAAUCCAAGCAAACUAUACCUCAUUAUUACCUUUCUAUUGAUGUAAAUAUGGGAGAAGUUUUAUUGGUACGGAAAGAACUUAAUAAGAUUUUAGAAGGAAAAAGCAAAAUUUCUGUCAAUGACUUCAUCAUAAAAGCUUCAGCUCUGGCAUGUUUAAAAGUUCCUGAAGCAAAUUCUUCAUGGAUGGACACAGUUAUAAGACAAAAUCAUGUUGUUGAUGUCAGUGUUGCAGUCAGUACUCCUGUAGGCCUCAUCACACCCAUCGUGUUUAAUGCACACAUAAAAGGACUAGAAACCAUUGCUAAUGAUGUUGUUUCUUUAGCCACCAAAGCAAGAGAGGGUAAACUGCAGCCACAUGAGUUCCAGGGAGGAACUUUUACAAUCUCCAAUUUAGGAAUGUUUGGAAUUAAAAAUUUUUCUGCUAUUAUUAACCCACCUCAAGCGUGUAUUUUGGCAAUUGGUGCUUCAGAGGAUAAACUAGUUCCAGCAGACAAUGAAAAAGGAUUUGAUGUGGCUAGUAUGAUGUCUGUUACACUCAGCUGUGACCAUCGAGUUGUGGAUGGAGCAGUUGGUGCCCAGUGGCUUGCUGAGUUUAGAAAAUACCUGGAGAAACCUGUAACCAUGUUGUUAUAAUUUACUGAAGAACUUCUAGACUCCCAAGUCACUUUGGUUCAUUCUUAUCAAGAUAUUUAUAUGUUAUUAAACAGGUGGUUCUUUGAAAGUUUAACUAGUUAUUUUUAUUAUUGAAUCUAUCCAUAUGCAUUGUUUGUAAUGGGCAUUACAGAAUGUUUUUUAAUGUCAGUUACAUACGAAUAUUGUGUACAUUUAAUGUCAGAUUUUCAGUUGUGCACUCCUAGUCAAGAGAGACACAUGGCCUUGUUCUUUGCGCGAUAUGUAUUUGCACUAGAAUACAGAAUAGAUAGGAUGUGGCUCCCUAGAGACCAGUAUGCGGAGGGAACACAGAUGUAAGUAACCUUGCCUUUCAAAUUGCGUACAUGUGAGAGCAGGAAGUUAGAAAAAUUGCUUCUCUUGGGGGAAGGGCUAGGGUUUGAAAUUUGGAAUUUUACCCUGAUUCUUCUAUGGUUUGUCACACAUGGGAGUGGUAGAGAACUUCAAGGAGAGUGAAAUUUUUACGGUCCACAUUUUCCUAAGCUUCCUCAAUCAACUGUCCUUUAAAAUGAGUUUCUACAUAAAUGAUUGUUUUCCUUAAGGUAAGGACAAAUGGGAGUGGAUAUGUGGCUCAAGUGCUAAAGUGCCAGCCAUGAGUGAGAAAGCUCAGUAAGGCUGGAGGCUUGAAUUCAAGCCCCAGAACUAGCAUCAGCAAAAAAAGAUAAUAAAAAUUUAAGUCCACUUCUUGAUAGAACACCUUACGUAUUUAUUUAAGCAGCUUAAGUGUGUGAUUCUGAGAGAACUCUAUAGUUAAUUCCAAAUAAAAGGACAUGCGUAUGGAAUUGAAGAGAAGUUCUGGGGGGCAGAGGUAUCCAAGAUCGACUGAACGUUAGCUGUAAAUGAACUUACCAGAAUUUAUUACUUAUAUAACCUGAGAACUCUAUGAAAUAACUGUGGAGUAAAUGUACAUAAUGUAAAAUAGGAUUACUAGAGUUGGAUGUGUGCCAAAGUCGUCUUAGCACCAAAUCUUGUUGGCAGUGGGGAACACUGGUAAAUGGCUUGGAAUUCUAGCGGAACUCCCAAGCCACGCACCAGCACUUGUCCUGUCUCCUUAAGAGCUAGAGUCCAGAGGAUCCUGGGCACAGGUGCUCGAGGCCAGCCCAGGCAAGAUAGCAAAACUCCAUCUCAAAAACAAAGCAAGCAUUAAAAACAAAUGAUGCCCAAAACAAAAUGGUAAUUUCUUGUUGGAAAAAAAAAAUCUUAAAAAAUAGUGAAAAGUAUAUAAAAAUCAUUCUGUUUCUCUUCCCAAGCAUUGCCUUAAAUAAGAUAUCCCUAAAAUCCUUUUGGAAAGACAGACUUCUUCCCAUUUUACUAUGUUUGCCUUUUAGAGGAAUGAAGGAGGUGAUAUCAGGAUAAU